UACUACUACAAUUAUAAUACUCCACAUUGAUGUUGAUCCCUUAAACUUGUAAUUUUCAAAAUACUACUACACAAAUUUUCAUAAUUAAACUUUCCCUCCCUUUGUAUAUAUAUUCCCUUAUUCCUUUACGUUCCUCUCAACUCAAACACAUAAAUUAUUACACGCACUACACUACACCAUAACUUAGCUAGCUUAUUUCUUUGGUUCAUCUUCCCUAGCUUCCUCUCAAUAUAAGCCAAUACCACCUCAAAUGGGCACUCUAGUCGGGCACGUCUUACCGGGUUUCGGGUUCUUCGCCAUUGGAUUAUGGCACCUCUUUAACCACCUUAGGUUACUAGCUCUUAAUAAAGAACCUAAAUAUAAGUCCCUUCUAUGGUUCCCUUCCAACUUUCGCCAUCUUCGGUACCUCGAACUCUACUUGAUAAUGACAGGUUGCUUCUCUUCCGUUGCCAUGGAGCUCUUCAUUGGCCCAAACCGCCACCAGCCCUUCGAUACUGACGGGACUAUUCCUUCGAACCACCUUCAAAACUUUGAGCACUCCUUCAUUUCUCUUUCUUUCUUUGUCUACGCGUUUUUUGCCCUUGCCCUAGACAAGUGGGGCGGCCCUAGUCUCCCUGCUCAGUACGACGUAAUUCAGAUCUUCGCCGCCCUCGCAUUUGGGCAACAACUCCUCCUCUUCCAUCUCCACUCCGCUGAUCACUUGGGCGUCGAAGGCCAGUACCAUUGGCUCCUCCAGUUAGUCAUCUUCAUUUCUUUGUUCACCACUAUCCUUGGCAUCGCGUACCAAGGAUGUUUUGUGAUUGCGUUCACGAGGUCCCUUAGCAUAAUCUACCAAGGAGUAUGGCAAAUGGUGAUGGGUUUCGCUUUGUGGACCCCGAGCUUGAUUUCGAAAGGGUGUUUUAUACAUGAAGAAGAAGGCCAUCAAGUGGUCAAGUGUGAUGAAAAGGAGUCCCUUUAUCGUGCAAAGGCGCUCGUAAACAUUCAAUUUAGUUGGUUUUUGAUAUUGUUGGCCGUCUUUGCGGUGUCGUUUUAUGUGAUUAUGAUGAAGAUUUAUGGGGAUAAUAUGGAGUAUAGUCCUAUGGCUUUGUCAGAUCUAAAGGAAGAAGAUGUUGAAGCGCAGAAGAUGGGUGGAAAUAAAAAUUUACUGAAACGCAUAGUUUUGUGAGUGGGACCGGGAAUAGUAAUAAUAAGGCUAUAUAUCACAUGGAAAGGUAAUUUUUUUUUUUAGUGUUCCAUCCGGUUUAUCCUUAAAGCUAAUUCGAAUUAAGGGAUCAGUUAUGGGUGGUUGGUUUCAGUCCCCUUUUAACUGCUGUUGUGGGGGAUCGAGCACAAGUCCUCCCUACCAACUGUAGUCUCAAUCACUACUACACCAAUAACUAAUUGGUCAUGGAAAGGUAAAUGGGUAUGCAAUAACUCCGUCGGUCUAGAUUUAGUUGUCAUAUCUAAAAUCUGUACAAAAGAAACAUCGAAAUAGCUUAUGUUGAUAUUUCUUAUGUAAAUACACGAACACUAUAGUUUACAAAUUGUAAAAUAAUUAUGUUGUUACUUGAA